CACACGAGCCAAUCACGACAGACGCUUUCACGUGACCACCAUCGACCAAUAGGCGGUCGUGGCAUUAGCAGCGGGGAAAUUCAAACGUGUUUACGGAGUGGGAUUUGGAGUCCUUCUUUUCUCCCGGCCUCGGCUUUCGGGCGGGGAGUUCGGCCUCGCGAAUGCACCGGGGAACGGCGGCGGCCUGUGAAUAGGGCGGGUCGAUAUGGAGGCCGAGGAUUUAAGUGGUAGAGAACUGACAAUUGAUUCAAUAAUCAACAAAGUGAGAGAUUUUAAAAAUAAAUUUAAAAAUGAAGACCUUACUGAUGAGCUAAGCUUGAAUAAAAUAUCUUCCUCUUCCGAUACCACAGAUAAUUCAGGAACUGUUAACCAAAUUAUGAUGAUGGCGAAUAACCCAGAGGACUGGUUGAAUUUGUUGCUCAAACUAGAGAAAAACAGUUUCCCGCUAAAUGAUGUCCUUUUAAAUAAAUUGAUUGGGCGUUACAGUCAAGCAAUUGAAGCACUUCCUCCAGAUAAAUAUGGCCAAAAUGAGAGUUUUGCUCGAAUUCAAGUCAGAUUUGCUGAAUUGAAAGCUAUUCAAGAGCCAGAUGAUGCACGUGACUACUUUCAGAUGGCCAGAGCAAACUGCAAGAAAUUUGCUUUUGUGCAUAUAUCUUUUGCACAAUAUGAACUAUCACAAGGUAAUACGAAAAAAAGUAAGCAACUUCUUCAUAAAGCUGUAGAAUGCAGGGCAGUACCACUACAAAUGCUGGAAAUUGCCAUUCAGAAUUUAAACCUUGGAAAAAAGCAGCUGCUUCCAGAAGAGGAAAAGAAGAGUUUAUCAGCAUUACCAGUAUUAAGUGUGCAAGAAUCAUUCCCCAAUUCACUUGGACAUUUACAGAAUAGAGACAUCAGUUGUGAUUCCAGAGGACAGACUACAAAAGCCAGGUUUUUGUACGGAGAGAACGUGCCCCCUCAAGAUGCAGACAUAGGUCAUCGAAAUCCCUUAAAACAAACAAACAAAGCGAAACGGUCAUGUCCAUUUGGAAGAAUCCCAGUUAAUCUUCUAAAUAGUCCGGAUUGUCAUGAAGAGACUGAUGAUUCAGUUGUACCAAGAUUUACAAAAAGACAGACCACUAGAACAGAAUACCGAGAGGUGAUUGUGCCUGGAUCUAAAUCAAGUGAAAAUGAUUCCUGUGAAUUAAGAAAUUUAAAGUCUGUUCAAAAUAUCCACUCCAAGGAACCUCUGGUGUCAGAUGAGAAGAGUUCUGAACUUACUACUGAUUCAGUAACCAUGAAGAAUAAAACUGAAUCAAGUUCUCAAGGGAAAUUAGAAGAACCUAAAGAAGAUCAAGAACCAAAGGUUCCAGAAAGUAACCAGAAACAGUGGCAAUCUAAGAAAAAGUCACAAUAUGUAAACCAGAAUCCUGAUGCAUCUUCACAUCAAUGGCAGAUUCCAGAGAUAACCCGAAAAGUUGAUACAGAGAAACAAACCACUUUUGAGCAACCUGCCUCUUUAGUUUCAAAGCAGUCACCGCCAAUAUCAGUACCAAAAUGGACUGACCGAAAAUCUGUUUGUCAGACACCCAGUAGCAGGGCCUUGGAGGAUUACAUGAGCUGUUUUAGGACUCCAGUUAUAAAGAAUGACUUUCCACCUGCUUGUCAGUGGUCAACACCCUAUGGCCCACCUGCCUAUUUCCAGCAGCACCAGCAACAAAUACCUGUUACUCCACUUCAGAAUUUACAGAUUUCAGCAUCUUCUUCCGCAAGCGAUUGUAUUUCAGUUAAAGGAAGAAUUUAUUCCAUUUUGAAGCAGAUAGGAAGUGGAGGUUCAAGUAAGGUAUUUCAGGUGUUGAGUGAAAAGAAACAGAUACAUGCUAUAAAGUAUGUUAACUUAGAAGAAGCAGAUCACCAAACAGUUGAAAGUUACCGGAAUGAAAUCGCUUAUUUGAAUAAACUACAACAACACAGUGAUAAGAUCAUUCGACUUUAUGAUUAUGAAAUCACAGACCAGCACAUCUACAUGGUAAUGGAGUGUGGAAAUAUUGAUCUUAAUAGUUGGCUUAAAAAGAAAAAAUGCAUUGAUCCAUGGGAACGCAAGAGUUACUGGAAAAAUAUGUUGGAGGCAGUUAACACAAUUCAUCAACAUGGCAUUGUUCACAGUGAUCUGAAACCUGCUAACUUUCUGAUAGUUGAUGGAAUGCUAAAGCUAAUUGAUUUUGGGAUUGCAAACCAAAUGCAACCAGAUACAACAAGUAUUGUUAAAGAUUCUCAGGUUGGUACAGUUAAUUAUAUGCCCCCAGAAGCCAUCAAAGAUAUGUCUUCCUCAAGAGAGAAUGGGAAAUCCAAAUCAAAGAUAAGCCCCAAAAGUGAUGUUUGGUCUUUGGGAUGCAUUUUGUACUAUAUGACUUACGGGAAAACACCAUUUCAGCAUAUAAUUAAUCAGAUUUCUAAAUUACAUGCCAUAAUUGACUCUAAUCAUGAAAUCGAAUUUCCUGAUAUUCCAGAGAAAGAUCUUCAAGAUGUGUUAAAGUGUUGUUUAAUAAGGGACCCUAAAAAGAGGAUAUCCAUUGCUGAGCUUCUGGCGCAUCCAUAUGUUCAGAUUCAAACUCAUCCAGGUAGCCAUAAGAAAGCCUCUGAAGAAAUGAAACAUGUUCUGGGCCAACUUGUUGGUCUGAAUUCUCCUAAUUCUAUUUUGAAAGCUGCUAAAACUUUGUAUGAGCACUAUAGUAGUGAUCAAAGUCAUGAUUCCUCUUCAUCAUCCAAGACUUUUGAAAAAAAGGGGGAAAAGCAAUGAUUUGCAGCUACUCAGAAACUGUCAAAUAUCACCUGCACAGUACAUUGGACUGUCAUAUUUUUGAUUCUGUGGAAAUCUGCUCUUGAAGACAGCUUCAGUGUGAAAUGUUAUUGGCAGAAAAAUUCAGUGGGUUAUUUUCAAAAGAAAACUAAAGAUAACAACCACUAGUGGCACUAUAUAUUUAAUUAUAGAAUUGUUUUCUGUGUUAUGCUUUUCUAUAAAUCUAACCUAUUUGAUAUCAUUUCACACUUGGAACAAUGGUUUGACAACUGAAAUAUAUUCUGAAGAACUGUAAAUAAAGCUUUGUAGUAUAAAAUGACACUAAAAUGUUAAAGUUGUCAAAUUAUUUUCUUCAAGCAAAUGUAUUGGUCUGACACAAAAUUCUUAAUAAAAAUUGUAUUAUGGGAGA